AUGUUAGCAGAGAAAACGCGUACAGUAACGGCCUUUAUCAAAGAAGCUGCUGCUACAUCACGUGCACGUGAACUUCUAGAAAAGUAUACUGAACCGGAGAACUGGGAAUCACGUCUACCAGCGAAGUAUACCAAAAGUGAAAAUAAUAAUGUCAGUAAUAAUUACAACACCAAAGGUUUCGUAAGGACUAAUUUGACUUCGGAUGAACCAUCUAAGAUUGCAGUUGAACAGAAACUUAUCCAUGCAAUAGGUAGUGGUAAUAUGAUGAACAAUAAUGGCAGCUGUAGUUCGGAGGAUAUCUUACGUGCAACGCAAACAGUUGAUAAAUCAUCUAGUAUUGUUAUCAGUUUCAAUGAGUUAAAUUCUAUAUCAUCAAUUGAGAAUGGAUGCAUGAAUACGAACAAAAUAGCAUACAUUGAUGAGGAUGAACGUGCAAGUGAUUCCUGCCGCUCUUCAAAUAUGCAUAUUGGAGAGAAUCAAAAUGAACAUAUCAAUAAUGGUAGCGGCUUCAAAAAUCUUUAUAGACAGGGCAAUUCAGUUCAAGAGAUUCGAGCGUUAAACGACAGCGAUGACGAUGAAGUGAUGAUGAACAUUAUGUCGAAAGUUUCAAAGGAACGCGAAAAUGUUUCAACUACUGAAGCAAACAUUACAGCAGAUGAUAGGAUUCAGAAAAAUGCUGAAACUAUUGCAGCUGUUGGGACUCAAGGGAAGCACGAUGAUAAUCCAUUCACCUAUUCAGCAGGACAAUUACGUUUACAUGGAAAUCGAGUUGGCACAUAUGAUAUGCAAAAAUCUCGUACAUUAAACACAAAAAGGGAUGUCUUUACAACUGCUGAUGUAAGCUUAAUCCCAGCUAAUACAUCCAAUUCGGUACUAGCGCGAGAUUUGAUACCGGCACAUUUCGACGGGCGUGAAACUUACGCUAGAGGACUUUUGGAUCCAACAGAGGAUACUCGUCUUAAUCCGCAGCAGCAUCAACAGCAACAGCAGCAGCAGCAGACAAAUUUGGAUAACGAAAUGGCCAAUCUAAAGAAUCAACCGGACAAAUGCGCGAUUGCUAAAAGACGUAAGGAAAAUAAAAAGGCGAAAGAAGCGAAAAAUAGUUAUGUUGUUGAAUCGAAAGAUGGGUAUAUGGGUAAUUUAUCACCUGAAGAGAUACUAAAGCGGAUCGAAGGUGAGAAUAAAGGCAAAGCGAAAGGAAAUCAAAAGAAUGGAACGAAUGGGUCUAAGGAUCACUCAUCUGUUUUAGCGAACGGUGCUAAAAAUAGUGGCGGUCGUAAAAAGGGCGACAAAAAAGAUCGUCAAACAGAUAAGGCUGCAAAACGUUCUGUCAUCAUCGGUAGAGAGGUAGUUGAACUGUCAACCAAUAUGGAAACAUCAAAUGUUGAAAAGGCGCAAGUGGUUAUUGUAGAUGAGGAAAAUAAGCAUGAUUCAUCGAUAACAGGAACGAGAACAUCGAAGACGGAAGUCGUAACGUCAUCCCUACAAAGUGAUAAGGUUGAAGAAGUUGGAAGUGGUGCUACGACCACAACGAAAGGCACGGUUGAUGAAGGUGUCGAUGAUGAGGAGCAAUAUUUAAGUGCUGACGAAGGCGCCAAUUCCAAUUUCUCCGACGAUAUUUAUCAUACGGAUGAACAAUCCGGUGCUUCUGGUUCACGUGACUUCAUAAGUGAUGGCGCCAACUAUCGUGCUGAUGAUGAAGAAAUAAAUCCUUUACCAGUAACAUCCGAAGAAUCCGAAUUUAUCCAAGUUAUUGCUAGGAAUAAGAGGAGAGGUGCUGCUGCUCAGAUUCAGCAUCAACAACAAACUGCAUUGUCGGGAAUGGAUAGGAGGAAUGUAUACUUCAAUAGCAUGAUAGAUCGAGGUGCUAGAACAAAUGUAAGGCGUGAUGCAGAUAGACCCCGACAAAGUUCGGUACAACCGCCACCGGAUAAUCGUCGAAACCAGCCAUCUUCACGUGGAAAUACUUCUCCAUCACCAGUUGAUUAUGAGAGUUUUCAAAAAUAUUCGGCUCCUCCACGACUUCGGAUGUUAAUUUCAGAAAUUAUUGAUAAUACUCUUAUGAAAGCACAAGAGAACAAGGGUAGUAGCAGAAAAGGUCAAGCUGUCGGUAGUAGUGGUAGUGGUCAUCCACAGCAGCAACGGCAACAGGAGCAUUCUAAAUUUGCUACCUCAAUAUCUAUGAGCAAGAAGGCGAAAUAUGGAUUACCAUCUUCCCUUCAAACAAGUCGUAGAGCAUCACCUGAUCGUCGUGGCAGUCAACCAUUGACUUUGAAAUAUUCUGUUGCUGCUGGAAGCAGUGGCUCUUCACCGGCUGUUGUAUCUCUUUCGGAAGGGGUAUCAGAUGCGAAACGCAAAAUACCGGAACAACAUCUUAGCACUGUUACUGUUGCUAAUACAAAAGCUCCAGCUCAACGAUCUUGGGCAGAUAUUGCUAAACAGCGAUUGUAUGAUAAUACUGAAACACGUCCAAAUGAAGCAACUUUUGCAUCGUCGGAUAUUCGUGCAUCGAUUAAAGAAGAACGUACUGUUAGUGGAACAUCCAUUUCUGGUAAUGUUGAAAGUGAGAAAAAGCCAGAACAUAAUGACCAAAAACGAACAGUAAAUGUGGAAACGGUAAGCAGCGAACCAACAGUGAAAGAUUAUUCAUUCUUCUUUGAUCCAAAUGAACCAACUGGAACUGUGUCGAAAGAAUCAGAACCGAAAAAUUCCAAAAUCGUGCCAAAGGAAACUGAUAAAGAUUCGAAAUCUUCCAAGCCUCGAUGUACCGGGAUGGUACUCAAUUUGGAUGGAGGUCGUCAAGUUGUUAUUCAGGAAAGUGAUGUAGUAGCUGCAGGUCCACCAACUAUUGUCGAUAUAAGGCAGCGACCUGAAGUAGAAACAGCGAUUACGAUGUGGAGAUAUUUUAUGGAUAAUCCAACUGAAAUAGUAACGUACCGAGAAUAUAAAAGACAAAGGGAGAAGUCAGAGAUGCGAAAUCGAACAUCUAAAGAAGAACAAAAGAAGGGAGACAUGGCAAAAGGAGAUAAAGGAGGGGAAGAAGAAUCAAAAUGAACGGUAUUAUUUGGUAUCAGCAGGAUCAAUCUCUCUCCUUUCCGUAUUGUUGUUAUUGUCAUUGUAUUACUUUCCUGAAGAGAUUAGUUCACAUCUUCCUUAUAUUUUCCAUUGUUUCAUUUGUAUUAACUUCGUCAUAGUAUCUUAGUUCUUUCUCGUUCAAUUCAACUGUUUAGUGACGUGGAUUUCGAAUGUGAAAUGGGAGGGAUGCUGG